CUCGCUUCCUGUAAACAAAGCAGCAGCUGUCUGUCAGUCAGUCUCUCGUGUUUUCUCGUUUCCAGCCUUUCUGUUCCGACCUUACGAUGGCUCAAGCCGGCCUGCUGCUGGACAAGGACCAGUUCAACUGCUCGGUGUGUCUGGACGUGCUGCGGGACCCGGUGACCAUCCCAUGCGGACACAGCUACUGCUCGGACUGCAUCCAGAACUACUGGGACCAGGACGACUACCUCGGGGUGUUCGUGUGUCCGCAGUGCAGACACAGCUUCAACCCGAGGCCACUGCUCGCCAGGAACACCAUGCUGGCCGACGUGGUGGAGAAAUUCAAAAAGACUGGACUGCAAGAAGCCACGACGACGACUGCGACUGUUGGCCAGAGCUUCGCUGAGGCCGGAGACGUGCAGUGCGACGUGUGCACAGGGAGGAGGCACAAAGCGGUGAAGUCCUGUCUGGUGUGUCUGGCCUCCUACUGCGACCUCCACCUGCAGCCACACUACGAGUCUGCUGCCUUCAAGAAACACAAGCUGGUGUCGGCCUCCAAGAAGCUCCAGGAGACGAUCUGCAGCCGACACGACAAGCUGCUGGAGGUGUACUGCCGCACCGACAAGCAGUGCAUCUGUUACCUGUGUCUGACAGACGAGCACAAGGGCCACGACACGGUGCUGGCAGAGGCCGAGAUACAACACAAGCAGAGGCAGCUUGGUGACCUGAAGCAGAGCUCUCAUCUGAGGAUCCAUCAAAGGGAAAAGGGAGCCCAGGAGAUCAGACAAGCCAUUUUCUCUCUCUCUCGUUCUGCUCGGGUGGCAGCGGCGGAGAGCGACGCCCUCUUCACCGAACUGAUCCGGUCGAUCGAGCUGAAGCGUUUCGAGGUGAGGGAGCUGAUCAAUGCCCAGGAAAAGACCGCCGUCAGUCAGGCUGAGCAGCUGCUGGAGAAGAUCCAGAAGGAGAUCGCAGAGCUGAAGAAGAACGAGGCUGAAUUGGACAAACUUUCCCACACCGAGGACCACGUCCGCUUCCUUCAGAGUUGUCAGUCUCUCCAUGCUCCACCUGUGCUGCCAGCUUUGCCUUUGGUCACUGUUGACCCCAACCUCACCUUUGGCCCAGUGAUGACAGCUGUGGAAGAUUUUAAAGGACUGUUGCAGGAGGUCUGCCAGGGAGGAUUUGUUUGCAUCUAUGAGAAAGUGAGGGAUAUAGUGAUUGUAAGUCCUCCAAACCCUGCUGUACAGCCGGACACAACACAGCCCAGUGAUGGUGAAUCAGCAGCACAAAUAGAAGCAACACUAAUGAUCCCUCCAGCUGGCCUAGACCAAUUUCCUGUGAACCCUCUUAACCCUUUUCUCACUCCUGGAUCUGGUGUGCCCACCUUUGCCUUCUCACCACUUGGCACCAAACUGUUCUCGGGAUCCAGACAGAGACACCUUCAGCGACGCUCUCACCCGAGGAGGAAAUAGACCUGUAGUGGACAUCAAAAUCAACAUUUCACAUGAAUGAAUGUCAUUAUACCUCAGUGCUCUUCUCACACAAAUCUGUACUGACACUCUUGAACUGUAUAUUUAAUAAUUCACCUUUUGGUAUUAAUUUAGUUGUUGUGUUUUCACCAAUCAGCUACAGUGUACAUGCAUCUUGCAUUAUAGUGCAGAUGGGAAAGACAAUUUAAAGCCUGAGAAUAUCAUAUUAACAAUGCAUUUACUUAAAGUAUUAAGCAGCAUGACGUAUGACUGUAACACUCCAUCUUUUCUUUUAGUAUUUGAAAGGAAAUUGCCUGGAAACUCAGUCGUGUUUUAAUUUUUUUUAACAAGGUAAUGCUUUUAUAAUGUUUUAAUUUAAAUUACAUUACAAUUUUGCUUUGCAGACAUGUGUAGUAACAU